AUGCGAUUAAUUUUACUUCUCAUCACUACUUUAUUCAUUUUGUCAGCGUCAGGCGAAGAGCGUGAAUGCGCCAGGAACAUCUGUUUAAACGGUGGAACAUGUCUCGUGGACGACAUCUCCAGACGAUUCUCGUGCCGUUGUCCACCAGGAUUCGCCGGGUCGUUAUGUCAAGAGGCGUGCACCCUCAAGUGUGCGAACGGUGUUUGCGUGAAAGGAACACUGGGCAAGGAGCAAUGCCAGUGCACACAAGGUUGGUCCGGCGCUCUCUGUGAGGUGUCUGGCUCAUCGCUGGAAGGUUGCACCAGAACCGAGGAUUGCGGGAUCGGAGAGAGGUGA